GAUGAUGGGGCGGGGCUAUCUGGCAUCAGAGCGAGUCUAAUUAGGGUUAAUGAUUGGAGGGUUACCGUAGUCUGUGAAAUGAUGACUCGGGAACUGGUGGGGUCGCUGCUGGCGGGUCUCUGGGCAAGUCAGUGUUCGGAGGGCUCUGUGAGGUGGGGGUGGGGGCGCCUGUGGGCUCAGUGACUGAUGAAGUUGUAGGAAAUCAGCGGUUUGAGAGAUCUGCCGAGACAGUGAUGGAGUGACGUCUGAGGCAGUCCCUGAGUUUGGAAUGCUGUGGGGGCUUUUGUGAUGUGUCAGGGAUUGAGCAGCUCUGUGAGACCGGCGAUUUGGGAUGCCUACAGGGGCUUGCGGAGUUGGGUGCCGCCGGUGAUGGUUACACACUGGGAUAUCACAGAGCGGCCGUGUUGGGAUUGGGAGUUCGCUGGCUGGGGGAAUCUGUGAGGUUCAGAGAUUGCGACCUGGACUUAGUGAUGGUGAUGUUUGUGGAAGUCUGGUUAGCAGUAUCUUCGGGAGCCAACAGUUAGUGUGGUAUUAGUGGGCACUGAGGGGUCCUGGGGGCCGGUGGAGGGGUAGCAGUUGGAGUGUGGAGAGGGGGUUCAAUGUGGAGGGGUCUCUGGGGAUGGUGGAUGCUUUGUAUGUUGUCUGGGGAGAAGAGGUGAUUGGCGACUUGUGUAGGUCAGGAAUGAGGUGGCGUCCAGGAGCCAUAACUGUGUUUUCAAAGAUGAGGCGAUUCAUAGCAUUAACGAUUAAAGGUCCUCUGUGAUUCUUUGACCAGGAGCCUGCGAGGGCAUUCCAGGGGUUGGUGAUGGAGGGUUCUGUAGGAAUCAGUGAAUGGAGGUCCGUGGAGAAUGGCGAUUGGGAACUUGUAGGGUUCUGUAACUGAGGGAAGCUUGCAAAAGUUAAUGACUGAGGAGUAUUUGGGGAUCUGUGAUUGGAAAUUUGUAGGAACAGACUGUAAGAUGAGUAGCUGUUUUAUGCCAGAAAGUGUUUUGAUUGCUAAGGAUAUACCAGGAAGCAGGGCCAGAGUCCCUCCCUCAAUAUCUUUAAAUUUUAGAAAUAGGAGAGAGCCAAAAAAAAAAAAAAAAAAAGUAAAUAAAUAAACAAAUAAAACAAUUCCCAGCACUAAUGAGCACUAUGGAGAAAGUAAAAGAAUGGGAUAAGGAGUGAUUGAGGGUAGGGAAGGAAAUUUAGCCAUGGGAAGUCUGAAUAGGAAAAUGACCGUUGAGGCAUAAAUAAUGACAAGGAGGUGAUCAUACAGAGAUCUGAAGAAAGUGUAUUCCAGGAAGCAGGAACGUCACCUGCAAAGGUCUAGAGGAAUGAUGCAUACAGCAGGAAGGGAGAAAUAGAGAGUACAAAAGAGAGAAAAGUAAUUGCAGAAUGAAGGCCUAGUCAAGACAGUUAAGGAUGGGAUCCAGAGCACCAAUGCAAACAGUUGCCUUAGUUGGGUAGAGAAUAGGCAUCGUGCCCAACAGUGAGUGGUCAAGGGAUCAGUAACAUUCAAAGAUGUGACCAUGGCCUUUACCCAGAAGGAAUGGGAGCAACUGGAUCCUGCCCAGAGGAAACUCUAUAAGGAUGUGAUGCUGGAGAACUACAGCAACCUGACCUCAAUGGGAUAUGAAGCUUCCAAACCAGACAUGAUCUCCAAGUUGGAGAAAGGAGAAGAGCUGUGGUUAGGAAAGGGGAGAAGACCCAGUCAGAGUCGUCUGAACAAAGUAGAAAGACCCAAGAAAAUGGGCGCUGAUGGAAAAGAAAUCCAGCAAGAUAAGGAUCAACUAGAGAAGAACCAGGAAUCCCAGAAUGAGCUCAUUAGAGAAGUUGCAUUCAAGAAGAAAACUCUGAUUAAGAAGAAAGGCAGUGAGUGUGGUUCAUUGGGAAAAAAAAAUAAAACAAGUACAAAACAUCUUCCUUCCAAAAAAAGGCUUCAUAAAGUUGGUUCACAUGGAAAAAAUCUGAAAGAGAAUUUAGACUUACCUGGUCAUAUAAUAAAAUGUACGAAAAAGAAACCGGAUGAGGCUAAAGAACACAGGAAAUCAUUCAGUGACCGCUCAUCUGAUACAAAGAAAAACAAAAAUCAGAUCAGAAAAAAACUUGAGAAAUUACCCAAUGACAGCCCAUCUGAAAAAUGUGACAAAGCUGAAAGUGGGAAGAAGCAUGAGAAAUUAUGCAAUCAAAGCUCAUCCCAUUCUAGGCGAGACAGAAUUCAUGCUGGAAAGAAACAUGCUACAUCAUCCAGCCAUGGUUCAUCUACUAAGCAUAGCAAAGCCAAGGCUGCCGCGAAACCCUAUGGAUGUAAUCAAUGUGGAAAGGUUCUGAGCCAUAAACAAGGACUCAUUGACCAUCAGAGAAUUCAUACUGGGGAGAAACCUUAUGAAUGUAAUGAAUGUGGCAUAGCCUUCAGCCAAAAAUCACACCUUGUUGUACAUCAGAGAACUCACACUGGAGAGAAACCCUAUGAGUGUACUCAGUGUGGCAAAGCCCAUGGUCAUAAGCAUGCACUCACUGACCAUCUAAGGAUUCACACUGGGGAAAAGCCCUACAAAUGUACUGAAUGUGGGAAAACCUUCAGACACAGUUCAAACCUCAUUCAACACGUGAGGUCUCAUACAGGUGAAAAGCCCUAUGAAUGUAAGGAAUGUGGAAAAUGCUUUAGGUAUAACUCGUCUCUUACUGAACACGUGAGAACUCACACAGGUGAAAUACCAUAUGAAUGUAGUGAGUGUGGAAAAGCCUUUAAGUAUAGUUCAUCCCUGACUAAACACAUGAGAAUUCAUACAGGUGAGAAACCCUUUGAAUGUACUGAAUGUGGAAAAGCAUUUAGCAAGAAGUCACACUUAGUCAUCCAUGAAAGGACUCACACUAAGGAGAAGCCCUACAAAUGUGAUGAAUGUGGAAAAGCCUUUGGACAUAGCUCAUCUCUUACUUACCAUACGAGAACACACACAGGUGAAAGUCCCUUUGAAUGUAACCAGUGUGGGAAAGCCUUUAAGCAAAUCGAAGGCCUUACUCAACAUCAGAGAGUUCAUACUGGGGAGAAACCCUAUGAAUGUACUGAGUGUGGGAAAGCCUUCAGCCAAAAGGCACACCUCAUUGUGCACCAGAGAACUCACACUGGGGAGAAACCCUUUGAGUGUAACGAAUGUGGAAAAGCCUUCAAUGCAAAGUCACAACUUGUUAUACAUCAGAGAUCUCAUACCGGAGAGAAACCCUACAAAUGCGAUGAAUGUGGGAAAGCCUUCAAACAAAAUGCAUCACUUACCAAACAUGUGAAAACUCAUUUGGAAGAGAAACCUCAUGAGUGACAUUAAUAUGAAAAAAAUUGUUGGAACCAACGGUUUUGUUUCAUCUUAAAAAUAUUCUGAAUGUAAGGAAUGUUGGAGAGUCUUUGAGAAGUCAUUUCUCAUGUUACAUGAGAGAAUUUGAAUGUGGAUAUUUACAUAGAAGCAAUGGGUGGAAAUACCAAACCUUUCAUAGAAAAUAUUGUUUUUAAAAUAAUCAUUUAAGUCAGUUACAUAUUGUAACUUGACAUGUAAAGCUUUAAAAUUGCAAAUAAGUUGAAUAAUGAGAGAAAUGAAGGAACAAGUUGCAUAUUCUGACAAUUCCUGAGUUGCUUAGAUGUUGUGUGCUUAAGUGCCACAUUUUAGAAUUGAGUUUGCAUUUCUGUUUAUUGCCUUGAAUAAAUGGCUGUGGCCAUUUGUGUAAGCCUCCUCUUUGAUAUUAUCACCCAGCUCUUUCUUAAUAUCUGUGUUACCUCCUGUAUGUCAGAACACAUUACAAAAGGGUUGUUAUUUAUGUAGAAAUACUGACAUAAAAUUGAAAGAAAAUAAGCAGAGCCGAGGAUACAAAUGUGUUGAUAGGGAAUGAUAUUCAAAGAUACAUUGUUAAGUGUUAAAAAGCAGAUUGCUGAAUUGUGUAUACAGUAUACUCCCAUUUGUGUACAAAAGGGUGUGUGUGUGUCUUUGUCUCUAUACUUCAAAAAGUUGGCGGAAAAUAGAAUUAAAAGAUAUGUUUAUUUUGGCACAAAGAUUUUUGAAAUCCAUGGUCCUCAUAUUCAAUUGCCAUUGAGGACAAGAGUACAGGAUGGGGUCUAAGAAUUCAAAAUAUCAUGUAUGUGCAUUAUCCUAACAAUAAAAAUAUUUUAAUAUGCAUAAA